CAGCUUGCUUACCAGCUCUCAAGGAUCUCUGCUACUAAUUUUACAGUUAAGACCAGGGAACACCGUGAACAUGGAAUCAGAGAUCUGCAUGCUGGCCCCAGUGUGCCUCAUUGAGAACACUGAAGGGCAACUGGUGGUUAAUCAGGAAGCUUUGGAGAUCCUGUCAGCCACCAAGAAUCCUCUCGUGGUGGUGGCUAUUGUGGGCCUCUACCGCACAGGCAAAUCCUACCUGAUGAACAAGCUGGCUGGGAAGAACAAGGGCUUCUCUAUUGGAUCCACAGUACAAUCUCACACCAAGGGAAUCUGGAUGUGGUGUGUGCCUCAUCCCAAGAAGCCAGACCACACCCUAGUUCUUCUUGACACAGAGGGCCUAGGAGAUGUAGAGAAGGGUGACAAGAAUAAUGAUAUCCAGAUAUUUGCACUGGCAAUACUACUGAGUAGUACCUUUGUAUACAACACUAUGAACAAAAUUGACCAGAGGGCUAUGGACUUAUUGCACUAUGUGACAGAACUGUCAAAUCUGCUUUGGACAGUAUCCUCACCUGAUCUUGAUGGGGUUGAAGAUACAACUAACUUCGCUAGUUUCUAUCCAGACUUAGUGUGGACUCUGAGAGAUUUCUACCUAGCCCUAGAAAUAGAUGGGCAACUUAUCACAGAGGAUGAAUACCUGGAGAAUUCACUGAAGCUAAAGCAAGGCACUGAUAAAACUCUUCAAAAUUUCAAUUUGCCCCGUCUCUGUAUAAAAGAAUUCUUUCCAAUAAGGAAAUGCUUUAUCUUUGACUCUCCUGCUCACUGCAAGAAGCUUGCCCAGCUUGAGAUGCUGGAUAAUGAUGAGCUGGAUCCUGAGUUUGUGCAACAAGUGGCAGCAUUCUGUUCCUACAUCUUCAACCAUUCCAAGACUAAGACUCUUUCAGGAGGCAUCAAGGUCAAUGGACCCUAUCUAAAGAGCCUAGUGCAGACCUGUGUUAAUGCCAUCAGCCGUGGGGAUCUGCCAUGCACGGAGAACUCAGUUGUGGCCUUGGCCCAGUUUAAGAACUCAGCAGCAGUGAAAAAGGCCAUUGUCCACUAUGACCAGCAGAUGGGCCAGAAGCUACAGCUGCCCACAGAAACUGCCUCCGAGCUCCUGGACCUGCACAGGGCCUGUGAAAAAGAGGCCAUAGAAGUCUUCAUGAAGAACUCUUUCAAGGAUGUGAACCAAAAGUUCCAGAAGGAAUUAGAGGCUCUGCUAGAAGCCAAGAAGGAUGACUUUCAUAACCAGAACAUGGAGGCAUCAUCGAACCGUUGCUCAGCUUUACUUCAGGCUAUCUUUGGCCCUCUAGAAAAUGAGGUGAGGCAGGGGAUUUAUUCAAAGCCAGGAGGACACAGUCUCUUCAUUCAGAAGACAGAAGAGCUGAAAGCAAGGUACUAUCAGGAGCCCAGGAAAGGAACACAGGCUGAGAAAGCUCUGCAGGAAUAUUUGCAGUCCCAACAGUCUACGAGCGAUACCAUCCUACAGACAGACCUGGCUCUCACAGCAAGGCAAAAGGAGAUAGACGAGGCACAUAGGAAAGCAGAGGCUGCAAAGAUUGUAGCACAAAGGUUGCAGGAAAUUCAAAGGCAUAACCAGCAAAUGUUGGAGGAAAGGCAGCGACUCCAUCUGCAACAAGUGAGACAAAUGGAAAUAUUCCAACAGAACCAAAGAAGACAACAGCAGAUGGCCCUGGAACGUCGACAGCAGGAAGAGACUGAAAAGCUCAAAAGGGAAAUCGAAGAUGAACGCAGAAGACUUCAAAAUGAAAUCCAUUAUCUCCAGAGGAAUGUUGACUCACGAGAUGAUACAUGCAUCCUACUCUAAAGAGCUAAACAUCAGAACUUUUCUCAUUCACCUUCACUAAAGACAAAAAAAGAAUGAGGAACUAUAGAACUUGGGAUAAUCACUACUUCAAUAAACUUCACGAUUAUUGUAUCAAACUUUUGUACAGUUAUAAAGUUACAAGACUUGUAAUUAGUAAAAUGUACAUCUCAAUAAUUCCAUAGUUUAAUUGAUGGUAGUUUCCUUAAAGAGGCUGUGAAUUGUGUAAUAAGGGAAUUUUAUCAAUGUCUCUAUUCCCGGUGAUAUUGGGUUGGUUCCAUCCUGGAAAACUUUGUCUUACAACCCAAUUCCAUCCCUCUAAUUUUGCAUUAAUGCACUGGGGGAACUGGAAGUGGCCUAAGGAGUGUUAUUCACAAUGAGCUAGGUCAAGUAGAAUUUGGCCAAAGUCCUGGGCUGAGUUGGGCAUCACUCCUGCCAAGUGGUCUUGCGCUGGAUGCCAUCAGAGGGAGGCACCAAUGGUAAGGACAAUUAACCUCAUUUCUUAGGGAAACAAUAUAUGGUUCUCAAGUGGGUAUAGGCUCUAGGAGCAAUGAUGUGAACCCUGAGUACAGUUAGUAAACAGUCUGCUUAGAUUUUAAGCUGAAAAAAAAAAAACCCAC